UCCGGCCCGGGCUCGCUGGGCCUGCGGUACGCCCCACCGCGACCUUUCAGAACAGGGCAAACAUGGGCGCCAGUCUACAGGAAAGCAAGCUUAGACCUCAACAAUUGUCUCUCACGCGCCACGAUCGCAUCGCGGGGCCUCACAGCCUACCACAAGAAACGUCGUCUGCAAGCCGAAAUGUCGUCUGUUCAACGUAGUGCGGCAGCGUUCGCCCGCUUCGACCGAGCGGCGAGUUUUGUUUUCGAAAUUCGUCGCCUUCUCCUCCGCACGGUCGCCGAUCUCGUUAAUCAUGGACUCAACCAGCAGUCGACACACACUGCAACCAAACUUAAACAUUGAAAUCAAGCAGGAACCAGUAUCACCACCCGGCUCUGAUGUUGAAGAGGAGGAAUAUGUGACACCAGACUUGUACAGGAGCUCCUGUAUUCCACACCUUACUAUAAAGAAGGAGGAACCUACCUCAUCACCAGAAGCAUCACCAAAUAGGUCCUCAGCCUUUGAAGCAUGUGAUUAUUCAGCAACUGCAGUCUGCCGAACACUGAAGAAAAGCGCAUCAACCUCAUCAGCUUCUGCUCCAAACAAUGUCGGCACCGGCAGCCAUGACCACACGGAGUCUGAGUCUGAAGAUGUGCAUGGUGGCGUGCCACUUCAGGUGUGCCUUGAAGUUGGCGAGACUGCAGGACCCUGGGCCAACAAUCAAGCAAGCUCGAGCAGCAAUAUGCUUGUGGACAAAAACAACAAUGGCGGCAGUGGCAACGGGAUGGCCACAAAGAGCCAAUCUUCGCUGUCGACAGCAGUCAAGAGCGGCCGACGCAUGCCGCUGCAGUGCCCGCUGUGUCCGUACACGACCCACAAUGCGACCACCAUGCGCGAGCAUUUGCCGGUGCACACGGGUGAGCGACCGUUUCGCUGUCCGACGUGUGGCAAGCGCUUCUCCCGCAAGAAGUACUUCCGGGUACACCUGCGCCUACAUGACAAGAAACGAGACAACGAUGUCUUCGCCAGCAGUGACAACAACGGAAGCGGCAUGCCAGGUGACUCGGCAACUUCAGCCUCGGCCAAAAGGUCUCACGAGUGCUGGAUGUGCGGCGAGACCUUCGCGCAGCGCCAGUUCUUGCAAAGGCACGUGCGGGCAGUACAUGCGCUCGACGGGAUGAGUGGUGGUGGCUCUGAGGGCAGUAACAGCGGCAGCACAGGCGGCAACGUGUGCCCCGAGUGCAACAAGAGCUACAAGUACGCGGGGAACCUGCGGACGCACAUGCGCAUACACACGGGAGAACGCCCGUACAUGUGCGACGUGUGUGGCCUCCGCUUCACCUGCUCGAGCUACCUGCAGGUACACUUGCGGACACACGUACAGGAGAAGCCAUAUGCAUGCCCUCAGUGCCCCAAGACUUUCGUGCACAACUCGGCACUGACAGUACACCUACGGACGCACACGGGUGAGCGCCCCUACCAGUGUCCACGCUGCCCGCUGCGCUUCAGCCACCUGCGCAACAUGAAGCGCCACGAGAUCUGCAUCCACACCCACGAGUACCCGCACGUCUGUGCGCUGUGCCACCGCGGAUUCCUCGUCGUCACCCAAUGGAGGCAGCAUGUUCGCUCGCAGCAUGGGCUCGAGUGCGACGACCUGGACGGCGGCGACGACGACUGCACCCCUCGACAUGGCCGAAAACCGGGAGCCACUGCAAGAGCAGCAGUCAGUGUUAAACCAAGAGAAGGAAGUCUACCAGGCGACACAGUAGAGCCGUCAACUUUAUCGGGGACCUGAAAAAGAAUGCAGAGAUCAUCUAGCUGGCUCUCAACACCACAUGGUGAUACUCCACAUCGUUGAGCUACAGACUUGUUACAUGACUGUUUCAGCUUCCCGUAUACUGACGUCCAUGUUGCAAACCUUGCUGCAGUCAUGGAACUGUUAUUGCAGAAACUUAGCGGGCACAUGGGCAUUAUAUUCUGCAUAUGUUUUUUUGAAUGUUGAAAAAUAAUUUUUUAUCAUUUUUGUUAGUUUGUUGCACUAGCGCAACUAAGCGUCUGCCAAGUGUUACUUUGUUUGCUUUUUUGUUUUGUUUGUAUGUCACAUGCCAAAACAGCACAGCUCAACAUCAGUCAUUUAGGUGAGCUUGUGCGUGUCAUUGUGCUGAAAUAGUCAUAGGGCACAUACAUGCCAUAUAGAAAAGAGUAUUAAGGUUAUAUAUGUAAAGUUCCCAUAACCAUGUUACCUGUUGAAAACCAAAGUUUGUCUGGCCUUAUCACCAGUCUCAGAGUUGAGUGUGUGUUGACUAGUCUUAAAGAAUAAUUAUUUUGCAAUGAAGUUCAUUCAACUACCCUGUCCCAUCUAAAUUCAAGUUUCUGGCUUGAUUGCAUCUUAACUAGUCUUGUGAAAUUAUUAUUUCACCUUGAACUAUCUUGUCCUAACCAAAUAUUCAUAGUUGUCAAGCUGCAUUAGAAAGGUACAUGCAUAUAUGUAGCCUGCUGAGAAUCAAAGCCUGCCUGGCCUUGUGGCCAGCAUCAAAGUUUGAUUGCAUCUUAACUAGUCUCAUGAAAGAACCGUUUUGCAAUGAAGUUUGUUCAACCACCUUGUGCUAUCCAAAUUCACAUUUGCCUAGCUGCAUUCAAGAGUUAAGUUUGUGCAUCUAGUCGAGUAUCUAGAGAGACACUAGAGAAAUAUACUAAACAAGUCAAGAUGGACAGAUUACUCUUUCAAAACUCUCUGAGUAUUUAUUUACCAGAAGAAGAUAACUUAUUGAAAGAGAAACAUAAACAAAUGUUCCAAUUUUUGGACUUCUCUGCCCAAUGGCAGCACUGACAUCAUUCGUGUGGUGUCAUAGAUGUUAAAGUAAUUUCACACAUUUAGGUCAUUUUUGUGCAAAAGAAGUCAACAAAGGUUAUACAGAACUUUAUCAUCAAAUGCUUCAUAAUCAGUAUCAGUAAACAGGUAGUUAGCCGAAAAGAGAUUGUACCUAAAAUGCCUGAUGUCUUGGGAAGCAGACGCAGGAACUGGCGUUGCAACCAACUUGCGCUUCUGAAAAAAAAUUCAGGCAUAUUAAGCCUGCCAUCACACUACGGUUGAUACAUUACCAAUUACAGAUAUAUAUAAUCUACAAAGCUAACCUAACUUUGUUUUUACAUUUAGAGUCCCUUUGAAGUCCAAACCUGAACGUAUAAUUUUAAAAAUGUACCCCUGCUUCAAAAUGUUUAACUUCACUCAUAGCUACCGCUAUUUCAGGAUUGUGAAGUCAGUAUCGCGAAGCACUGCUAGCACUUUGGUGAUGUAUAAGAAAAGAAGUGUUCUCGCUCACUAUCUGUAGUGGUUGCAGCAUUACUGUAGACUUACUACACCUAUUAUAAUAGAUUUGCUGUCACUCCUGGAUUGGCCUUAAAAACAAAGACAAAGGAAACAAAUAACUUUUUUGAAGUGAGUACAAAAUGCAGAAGUCGUCAUGCACUGUACAAACAAAUAAGACGACCCUGGAGAGCUGUAUGAUGCAUUAACUUGUGUGUACAAUGGUUAAACGUGCGUCACUAAAUAAUGUAUCGUAGACAUUUGUUAUAACAGUCAAUGAUGUUACAGUACGACAAGCAGCAAAGGCACAAUGCCAUUACACAUGGAUGCGACCAGUUGAGAUUCACCUUGGUGUAGUACUGUGUACCGUCCCGAGAUCAGACUCAGACUACUGCGCUAUAAUUAACUGAUAAUACUAGUACGAAUCCCCAUAAUCAUUUGUAACAAUACAAAAUGAAGUUAUUCCCAUCCUUCAGGGCCAUUAUCAUCAGCCUUUCAUUUCUUAAUCCUUAACACUGUUAUGGUAAAACCUGCAUCCACAAGUGAGAACAUACAAAGUGGCCGACACGAUACACCAUGCCUUUACCACUCGAAAGAUCUACGGCCUGAUGUCCCAGGUUUUCAGAGUUUGAUCAUUUUACAGUUGGAGUUGGCAUCAAAAGUUUACAGACCUGCAGCACCCGAGAAAAGAGCUGAAUAUUUCAGCCAGCCUGGAAUUCGAAUUUCCAGCCUGUACUAGUACAAUGACCCUCGGUAUAAUGAAUAUGGAUAUAACGAAUUAUCUGAUAUGGCAAAAGUAAAUCUAAAAUUUUCCCCGGCAAUAGUGUAAUGUAUCGACUCUGUGCUUUUAUAACAAAUAUCGGAUAUAAUGAAGGCGUUGUCAUGUUGGAUGCAAUUUCAUAUUAACAGAGUGUACUAUAUGCAAAAAACAUAAUGCUGUACGGUUGUUCUGACUGCAGGCACAAAUUUCUCAAAAAAUCAACUUUUCGUGAAACUCUCGGUCUAUAAAUUUUAGGUGCUGACUGUAUAUCUAUCCAAAAAGUCCAUACCACUGUCAGCAGUUUGUGCUACAAAAUGAGAAUGUUUUCAGUGAUUCAAACUGGUCUAUGAAUGUUGAAAAGUGCAAACACAGCUGUUGUUGUUGUUGUUGGCAACUUGACCACCAGAGGAAGUUCAGUCACAGCAGUACAAAUGUUACCCUGGCAUUUUAUACGUGGCAUUGCUGGUAAAGGUAGACUACAGUUUCACAAAUGUUAUAACAUUUCUUUGCAAUACUAUUUACCGCUUUUGCAUUGAACAUAGAAAACUUUCUUUUUGGUGUCUUCUAAGUUAAGGCAUUGUUUCCUUUUGUAACUACUAAAAGCUUACUAUAAAAAAUCAGACACUAGAAUCUUUUAAAUCUAUGUCCUUGGUUAGGCUGGCUUCCGAAACAUGCCUGGAGCAAAACGUUAGGGAUCAUUUGCCAUUUCCCCACAGUGGUUGCAUCUACUGUCUAGUCUUCAAGAUACAGGCCUGGGACUGUCAGUUUCCUACAAGGGAAUGCCAUAAAUGUGACCUUCAGCUAAUGUAUACUACGCCAGAAUACAUUGUUGCAUGUUCACACAAAUUAACAGCCGCAAAGCAUCUGCAUGCGGUUAGGAUAAUGUUAAUUAUUACAAACAGCAUGGGAAAUCAUUGCCAUUCAUUCAUGUUUCAGGCAUGUGAGGCUCUUAUGAAUUUGAGUUAGAGUUGCGAAAUGUUCCUGCCAUCAAAUAAGCAGCAACGGUGACUGUGGCUCCUCAAAGUACAGCAGAAACUCAGAGACACAUUCUGAAAAUAGUGCUAGAAAGAAUAUAUAUACUUGGGGAAGAAAAUGGGUGAUCAAAUUGUAUGAUCCGAAUGGAACAUGUUCAGUGUUCUUUGCUGCUGAUGCACAAACUGGAAAAACAUGAACGGGGAAACAUAUCAAUGAUGUUCUGGUGCCACUAUCAUGCCAGAAUGGAAUGUGAACCCAAAAUAACAAACUAGAAAGUACAUCUCCUUACCAGUUACACCAAAACCACAGAUUGCAAUUAAGCACGAGAGGUGUUCUGCUCUUAUGGUUUGCAUUUCAUUACAGCAUGAUAGCAAACAUGUUAGUGUUGAAACAAACUAGUCAGCCUCAAUGUAACGAAUUAUGCUCAGUUAUUAGCAUACUUCCAGCUUGUUAAUGACACAGAAAGCAUUGUGCAAGGUACCGGAAUGUCAAGCAGCUUACUCUUUUUCAAACAUUACCGCCGUGUAGUGACUUAUUCGUACAGUAGCAAGCAAGCUCACACACAUUGAGUUGACCUUGUAAACCAUAAUAAUUCUGAUCCAAGAGCUCUGGUGAAAUGCAUUAUAGCAGAGUGGUCGAUUCCCAUCUGAGGUUUUUUGUUACAUGUACAGAAACCAACUGCGUAAGUUCUGCGCUACUGAUAAUGAAGCCUCAUUUGAAAGUGCGCUCAAGUUCAUCCUGUGUACAUCUAAUCCACCUUUCGUGCUGUUUAAUGUACAGUAGGCUUUCUUGAUAGCAAGCUCCAUUCAGCCAAAUACUAUAACAUGCUGAACCUUCAUUUAGCUUCUAGAAAACACUGUGCAAAGAAAUAUGCGACAUGCUGUAGAAAUGCAUAGGGAAUAGGAACGAAACAGGAGAAAGCCAGUAAUGGGUUAACAACAGUAAAGGUAUUAAAAUCAGGUUAUGCAUCUUGCAAAAAGAAUUGGCAACACCUAGGUGUUGUGAGAUGCAGAACAUCAUAAGUGCCCACAACAGAAGGGUAGAAGAGAUGGACAGGAGGAGGCGAAUAAAAAAAUUUCUUUUUUUCAAGAUUUCUCCGCAGAGAUGUGUAUCCGUCAAUGGUUGCAAUUUUAUAAUUAUUCUACAUUGCAUGAUCCUUCAUAUGCACCAUGAAAAAAAAAAAAUUAGGCAUUAGACUUUUUUUUAUCUUUCUUUUCAGCAAUCUGUGAAAGUGGUGGUACUUGUUUGGUCCCCAAAAAAUCUGAAGUGUUACUACUUUCAAAUUAAGCAGCUUUUAGUAAGUGCGUGUUACUGUAAGUGUUCAUGGAACACUAUUGAAUAAGUUCUUGCAGUGACCACUUUUCCAGGGAAAACAGUCCAGAGGCUGGUCUCCAUGAAACCAGAUGCAGAGAUGUUGAUUCCUUCAGGAUCUGGCCAUGUACUGUAUGCAGCCACUGCUGGGGGAUUUUUUCAUGAAAAAUUGAGUGGAAGCCAGUGAAAGGUAAUAAGAAUGUUUCAUGCAAAAGACGCAUGCUGUUACCAUGUUGCAGUUUUCACAUCUUAACAUUCGAAAAGUAGAAAUUCAAAGCAUCUACUUUGAACAAAUGGUAACAACAGAGCAGCCAACAUGGCAAGGACCAGACAUGUGUACUAACCAGCACUACUACGUUCCUCGUUGAAGUUUGGUGAAUCUGAACUAUUUUGUUCCGUGCUUUGGCAAAAUGGUUAGCUGUUUCAUACAGAAGCAUCUGCACCAUUCACAUAAUGCUUGGGAGGACUUUUACAUAUUAUCCCAAAGACAUUUUUUUUUUUUUUUCAACACAUACUUGCAGUAUGCUAUAUACGCAUAUUCUGUCACAUCAUAUCAUUAAUAUACUGCUAUCUUUGAGUAUUAGAAGCGAGAGCCUUCUAGCAGUGUAGUUAAUUGUUUGUAGACACGAUGCUGCACGUGUGAGAACUUGUAGCCAAUUGGUAGAGCUCCUGGGAAAAAACAUUUUUUGCUGCUUUGGAAAGUUGAUUGUUUACUGUCAGUGUUUGUUGUAAUUCUUUUUUUUUUUUACAUGGGUUAUGAAAGCAAAUGUUUAGCAAAAGUAGUGAUUGGGUGCCCGUAUAGGGCUCUCUGAGGAACAUUAUUAUACGUUUUGGAAAAGUCCUGUCAAAGACUUAUUUAGAGAUAGCUCACAGCAGUGUCAAGAGAACAAGCAGUUGGUCUGAAAUAUAUAGUCAAUGACAAUUGAAAUGUUCAUGUUAUAUGAUACUGUUAGAUUGCCACCCUUGUUCUGUGUUUGACUGCCUGCUUGGAUGUUUGUAGAUAACUGGAGUGUGCCUUUUUACUUGCACAACUAUUUUGCAACAUAGUUUGCAUGUAAAUUAAAUGGGAAAACUGAAGUGUUCUUUUAUUUUUCAUGUAAUGAAAAAAUUGUAAUGCUUAUAUUUACAUAGCUGAAAACUGUUUACUGCACUGCUGGUCAAUAUCAGUGUUGUCUUCAAAUUGAGUAUUUUGUUGGUUGAUACAGCUUUGUUACCCUACAAUGUAAUUGCCCUGUAUGACAAAUGACAGUGUUGUAUUAGCCAAAUUAGAGCUCAUUGUCACUAGUACUGUUGCCAUGGUAAGUAAUUGCUAGUCAUCACUGCCACACUAUAUUGUUUGGAUGUUUCGUUACACAUUAUAGAGAACUAUAUGUAUUCAGACACCUGUGACGUUUGUUUUUGGUUAUGUAAUGAUCGCUUGAAUUGUGCAGUGCUUGCCAUACUUGCAGUUGAUAUUAGAGUGUAUAUAAAUUUAGCAGAGCAGAUAUAUCUAGUCAUUGUUAAUCAUUUGCGCGACCCAAAAUCUGUAGUCACGGGAAUGUUUCACAGCACGUCCACAGAAAAGCAGAACCUGCAAUGUUCAUCACUGGUUGAUUUUAAUUCAGGACGUGCAACUACGAGAUGUGACACCAACCAGACACGUGCAGGAAAAUGGCCUGUCAUUGACAAAGUAGCCCGCCACACAGCACCUACAACCAAAUAUAGCCGCAAUUUGAUAUAUACCCUUGUUAGGUUUGUGUUUGCAGCAUGUAGUACAACGUUGUACGUACUUCCAAGAUUAAAUGUUUUCACC